UUCAAUUUCUCCUGUUCUACCUAGCACUUAUGUGUUGUAAAAAUCGGUUUUGAACCUAUAGCUGUAAGAGGGUGAGGGUCUGUGUAAAAUUGUUCACAACGCCUCGUCUAUAACUUUGAAUUCAAAUGACGAUAAGUGAAAGAUAUAGUCUCUGCCACUACUCUUAAUUCCUAAACACAUUGGUCCCUGUAAGGCUAAAACAUUGUGCACAUGGUAGGUCUCUGAACACCAAAAGCCAGCAAGAAGGCUUCAAAAGCUAACUCAACUCGAAACUCAGUAACGCAUGAAUAAACACUUCAAAACUAAAAAGUAAGAAAUUCAAAGCUUCAUAGCUAUGUGAUUCCCUGUCUGGAAACCAAAAUCCGAAACUAACGCUUAGUCAACCGCUACUUUACUUAAAAAACAGUUAAUUAACCACACAUCCCAAAGCUCUGACCAAGAUUCAAAUCACAGCAAAAAUAUCUUUAAGUGUAUUGCAAAACCCACCCCAUGUUGGCAUGGUAAAUCCUUAAUUACCGAAGUUUACAAAGAAAGAUAACUUAGCAAACCAAUCCAAAACAAACCCACUUUCUCAAUCUAUAAAUAGAUUCCAAAGAUGGUUCAUUUCAUUAUCAGUUUAGUUUCAGAUCAAUUCUAACUAGUAUUGUUAAUAAUUCUCUAGUGAAAAUAGUACUAACUAAUGAUGAAGAAUUCCUUCAGUGUCCAAUGUAUAGUUAUCACUAUGUUAUUCAUCGUCUCGAGGGGAGCUUCUUACCAUCCACCACAGAAAGUAGGUUGUGCAAAUAGUCGUAGUAAAUGCUCAGCUAAGUCUGUUACUUGUCCAGUCGAAUGCCCAAGUGUUCAACCAACAGACCCGAAUGCUAAAGCUUGCUAUAUUGAUUGUAAUGCACCAACAUGUGAAGCUAUUUGCAUAACUAGGAAACCUAACUGUAACGGUUCCGGAGCAGCUUGUUUAGAUCCCAGCUUCACCGGUGGAGACGGUACUGUUUUCUACUUCCACGGGAAAAGCAAUGAACAUUUUAGCUUAAUCUCUGAUCCCAACAUCCAAAUUAAUGCCAGGUUCAUUGGCCUACAGCAUGAAGGAAAAACUAGAGAAUAUACAUGGAUUCAGGCUCUAGGUGUAAUGUUUGAUUCUCAUACCUUCUCUGUGGAAGCCAGGAAAGUAUCAAAAUGGGAUAACGAAGUAGACCAACUCGACUUCUCUUUCGAUGGGAAAGCAUUAGUAAUACCAGAAAUCCAUCUUCCCGGAUGGAGGUCUCCUGAACAAGACCUAAAAGUAGAGAGAACAUCAAACAAAAACAGUGUCAAGAUUACUCUCACAGAUUUUGUAGAGAUUUCAAUUAACAUUGUUCCAGUAACAAAGGAAGAUAACAAGGUUCACAACUAUCAGCUACCUUCAAAUGACUGUUUCGCUCACUUGGAAGUACAGUUUAGAUUCUUCGGCCUUUCUCCUGAUGUAGAAGGUGUUCUUGGGAGAACAUAUAGACCAGAUUUCAAGAAUCCAGUAAAGCCCGGUGUUGCAGUGGCAGUAGUUGGUGCUGAGGAUAAAUACAGGACAAAGUCGCUUCUUUCCUCUGAUUGUAACUCUUGUGUGUUCUCCCCAGCUGGGGUCGUUGCAAAUGACAAUCCAUUACUGAUGGAUUAUGGCACACUGGAUUGCUCUCGUGGGGCUAACGGCGGGAACGGCAUAGUCUGCAAGAAAUGA